CCUAGCAGGAUUCUCGUCUCUUCAGUGAGAGUUGGCCAGCUGGGUUCCUGAUUCACUUCACUAUGUUGAAAGCUUUUGAACGAGUUUCUUUUAAUAUAAUCUUGCUAAGAUUACAGUUACACACAGUUGUCUACCUCAAGGCUCCAACUAUUCGUAAUGGAUUUCGAAUCAGGCGGCCUAUUAAAUCUAGGAAAUACAUAUGGUAAUUUGUUAUUACACACAGAUACGAAAUAAAUUAAGCCAUUUAAUAUAAAUGUGAAAAUACCCAGCCAUUGUAUAUACUCUCCACACAAUUUACAAGUUGAUCAGAGAUCUCAAAACUCAUCAAUGGCUUCUCCAUCACCGCUACCUGAUCAUCACCUUGUCAUUUUCCCCUUCAUGGCUCAAGGUCACACCCUUCCUCUACUAGACCUUUCAAAGGCUCUCGCACGUCGACGCCUGAAAAUCACCAUCAUAACCACUCCUUACAAUGCUACCUUAAUCCUUCCAUACAUUUCAAAGCACAAAGAAAUUUAUCUCAUUCAAAUCCCAUUCCCUGACGUGGAAGGACUCCCAAAAGGGUGUGAGAAUACUAGUCAUUUCAAUGCAAAUUCAAUGGAUCAAUUCUUCACCUUCAUUGCAGCCACUGCUAAACUCCAACAGCCAUUUCAGAAAAUCCUCCAAGAGAUGUCGGAAGCUGGGGAUUUACCCAUAGGUGUGAUCUCGGACAUGUUCUUAGGCUGGACACUCCCUCCAUGCCAUUUGUUCGGUGUCCCUCGACUGGUCUUUCAUGGGAUGAGUGUGUUAGCAUUGGCAAUAGGAAAAACCCUAGAGCUGCAUGAACCACAUAUGAUGGUAGCUUCACAUUUGAAGCCUCUACCCAUGCCAGGAUUAAGUACACUUCCUUUUACACUUACUUGGGAUGAUUUGCCACCUAAUUUCCAAGUCUCACACCAUGACACUCCAUUCCAUCGCUUUCUAUCGGAGACCAAAGAGUUUGAAGAGAAUAGUUGGGGAGUUGUUGUUAAUAGCUUCAUUGAGCUAGAAGGUGAAUACUUAUCAACUUUGGAGUCUUUCUACAGAAAUGGAGCCAAAGCAUGGUGUGUAGGCCCAGUUUCACUCUACAACGAUGACGACGAAGGCGCCAACGGCAAUGAUGAACAUAAUCAAUCUGAUCAGUACAUCAUCAAAUGGCUCGACGAACAGCAGCUGGCAAGGUUGGCCUCCGUGAUCUAUGUUUCAUUCGGUACUCAAGCCCAUGUGUCGGACAUGCAGCUUGAUGAAAUUGCCACUGGAUUAGAGAUGUCAGGACAACCGUUCAUAUGGGUGAUAAGAUCAAAGACGUGGUCCCCACCUGAAGGAUUAGAGGAAAGGGUGAAGGGGAGGGGGUUAAUUGUGAGUCAUUGGGUGGACCAACGGCAGAUCUUAGCACAUAAUGCAACAGGUGGGUUCUUGAGCCAUUGUGGUUGGAAUUCAGUGUUGGAAGGUUUGUCAAGAGGGGUCCCAAUCUUGGCAUGGCCCAUGUUAGCUGAGCAACCAUUUAAUGCCAAGUUUGUGGUGGAUGGAUUGGGAGUAGGGUUAUCAAUUGUUGUGGGACCCAUUACAAGGGAGAUACUACCCGUGGGAUGUGAAGCUAUAUGUGACGGAGUGAGGGAGUUAAUGAUUGGAGAAAAAGGAAAGAAGGCUAGAGAAAAGGCCGAGGCAUUAGGGCUAAAGGCCAGACAAGUUGUGCAAAAGGGUGGAUCAUCAGAUAGGAAGUUGGAUGAAUUAAUUGAGUGCCUGAGCACCCUUAACAAGAGCUAA